CUAACGUGGAGUGACAUUCGGCCCGAUGAACGUGUGUCUGUCAGUGUUCCUAUGCGAAUAUGUAUGAGGGGAGUGACAACUAUACAACAACAUGGCUCCCCUCCUCUUCGCCUCAUUUCAGUCAGUCCCACCCCCAGGAACUAGCAGAUUUUGCUAGUGCAAGUCAAUUCGAGUGUGUAACACUUCAGCAUGUAGCCCAUGAGUGUAGCUGUGCUGAGUCUGGACUCUCCUCAGUGAGCUAGUGCUGCACUCCAUGACACUGACAUGUGAGAACCAGGAAGGAAGCUGAGUACAGGAAACGAGGGAUCAUGGCUGAGGAGGGAUCCUGCUGCAGCUAUCUGUCCUCUCACAAUAAACCUUUUUUCUAACCAGCCUGGCUUCAUGUCAUCCUUUAACUAAAAUAAACUGGCACAGAACUAGUUAAUGAUUGACGGUAUCGUGGCUGCCCCACAGUGCAGGACAGCGGAACAGACAGAAGAAUCUGCGCACAGUGACCAUCAGGAUCCAAUGGACUCUGCUGCGUAUUACCUGGGGUUUGACUUCAGCACUCAGCAGUUAAAGGUUAUCGCUGUCAAUGAACAACUGCUGGUUGUCUAUGAGGACAAUGUUCACUUUGAUAAAGAUCUUCCUGAAUUUGGAACACAGGGUGGUGUUCAUGUCCAUGGUGACAAGUUGACAGUAACAUCUCCAGUCUUAAUGUGGCUUAAGGCUCUGGAUUGUAUCCUGGAUAGAAUGAAGUCUUCCGGAUUCAACUUUUCUAAAGUCAGAGCCUUGUCAGGAACAGGUCAGCAACAUGGUAGUGUAUAUUGGAAAACUGGUUCCAGAGAGAUACUAAAUCAUAUGGUGGCCGAGCUCCCUCUGCACAUUGCAUUGCAGACUUGUUUCUCGAUCAGUGACAGCCCUAUCUGGAUGGACUCCAGUACAAGUGCUGAGUGCCACCAUCUUGAACAAUGUAUAGGAGGGGCACAAGUACUGGCUGAUGUUACUGGAUCUCGAGCUUAUGAGCGCUUUACGGGAAAUCAAAUUGCAAAGAUUUAUAAACAGAAACCACAAGAAUAUUGGCAGUGUGAGAGAAUUUCCUUGGUCAGCAGUUUUGCAGCUUCACUCUUUAUUGGAGAUUAUGCACCUAUAGAUUACAGUGAUGGAUCUGGAAUGAAUUUACUAGACAUUCAUGAAAAGACUUGGAAUGAGAUGUGUCUUAAUGCCUGUGCUCCUGACCUCAAAGACAGAUUGGGCUGUGUCGUCCCUUCAUCUUCAGUACUGGAGAAUGUGUCUUCAUACUUUGUCCAACGGUAUGGAUUUAACCCUCAUUGUAGUGUUGUUGCAUUCACUGGUGAUAAUCCAGCAUCUCUGGCUGGAAUGAGACUAGAGGAAGGGGACAUUGCUGUCAGCCUUGGCACAAGUGACACUCUAUUCCUCUGGAUAAAAGAGCCAACCCCUGCUUUAGAGGGACACAUAUUCAUCAAUCCGGUGCAGUCUGAAGACUAUAUGGCUUUACUAUGUUUUAAAAACGGCUCCCUGAUGAGAGAGAAAAUCCAAGACGACUGCUCAUCCGCCUCCUGGGAAGAGUUUUCUAACAUUUUGAGAUCGACUUCACCUGGAAACAAUGGCCAUAUAGGCUUUUACUUUGAUGUAAUGGAGAUCACUCCACAAGCUGUUGGAAUUCACAGGUUCAAUGCUGAAAAUCAAAAGGUGUCACAAUUUCCGAAAGAUGUCGAAAUCCGAGCACUGGUUGAGGGGCAGUUUAUGGCUAAGAGGAUCUAUGCAGAAAGACUUGGUUAUAAAAUAUUGCCGCAAACAAAGAUAUUAGCAACAGGAGGAGCCUCAUGCAAUCAAGAUAUUUUACAGGUCUUGUCAGAUAUUUUCAAUGCUCCGGUGCACACAAUUGCCACAGCUAACUCUGCCUGUCUGGGAUGUGCGUAUCGAGCCGCUCAUGGACUUGCGUCGCAGUCUUCAUCCUCAUCUUUUGUGGACGUUCUGAAAACGCCUCAACAUAAGCUAGUAGUUACUCCAAGACCUGAAGCAGACAAGGUUUACCAGCCUCUUCUGAAGCGCUAUGCUGAAUGUGAACGUGCAGUGAUUCAAGCAUCCACGGUCAUGUGAAAAGUCAUGACAAUUACGGUAUCAAUUCAAAAUGGAAACAGCACAGAAAGAAUAAAGUUUAUUGAAAGUUCAGUGAAUGGAAUUUUAAUGGAUAGGAAUUAUUGGUAGAUUUAGUUUUAGUUUUUAUUGGUACAACUUUUCAAUGAUCAUUUCCUUUUCUUUUUCUUGGGAGGCAAAGUAACAAAAUGCCGCAAUCAUGGCAAUUAUUAUUUUAUUUUUACAGUGUUCAACUAGCGGGAUAAAUAAUACAAUAUGUGUAUUGUUUUGAUUUUUUUUUAUUAUACUUUAUUUUAUGUACAUUUUAUUUUUACUUUUAUUAUUAUUAUUUUAUUUUGUAUUAGUCCCACAUGGGGACUGACAGUGAUCACCAGGCACUCUUCACAUGAUUUCACUGCGACAUGUGAAAGAUGAAACUACCCGGAGCGGAGGUUCUUCCUGCUCCUCCUGCUCUAUAACAUGAUGCCUGCAGAUUGAACUGCAUUUUCAAUGUGACAGGUUCCCUUUAAAAUAAAAUAUACAGUAUGCACAUGCAGAAUCGGUUCCAUGCAUCUGAAAGGGUAUGUUCAGAAGCAAGCACAUGGAUUUCUGCAUGCUUAACUGAGAAACAUUAGACAGUUGAGGAUUUUUUACAAAUAUUGUGCAGCAGGCGCAGCUUUGUUCACCAUUUAUCAAUGCAGUGUUAUGUGUGACUUGAAGCUAAUGUGGAGCCCAAUUAUCAGUCAGUCGGGCCUGGCUGCCUGUGCCUGGUCCUGGCUGGAGUGGCCUUUGCACAAAACUGUGUGACAAUUGUAAAAGUCGCACCUUAUAUAUCUGUGCGUAAAUUGUGCACCAAGGUAACCCUACCCAGACAACACUCAUUGGAUUUGCAGGACCUUGAUAAAUUACCCCCUAAGUCUCUAAAAAUGGUAUAAAACCUAUGUAUCAAAACAACUACCCCCCUUAAUUUAUCUCUUGGUAUUAGGAGAGCUCAUAGAGCAGAAGGGGACUGGUCAUUUUGUCAGGGCCCGUGGGAGUCUACAUCUCUUUGCUAGGUUAGGGUAUUCUCUAGAAUAGGAUCCACCAGCACCACACUGCUUCUAUAGAAAUAUAAUAAUGCUCCUCAUUGUAGCGACUGUGGCCCCCCCCCCACUGCAAUUACCAUGCUUUAAAAAUGCCAAAAGUUGCAAAGUUACACCCAUAUAAGUUUAACAUCCAAUAGGCCUAUUGAACUUAAAGGGGGUACUCCGGCCCUAAGACAUCUUAUCCCCUAUCCAGUAGAUAGGGGAUAAGAUGUCUGAUCCUGGGGGUCCCGCAGCUGGGGACCAUGCAAUCUCUCAUGCAGCACCCACCUGUCUCAGCUGCACGCAGCGCUGGAGGCUCAGUGUCUGAAGCCUUACAACCACGGGACCGGAGUCUUGUGACAUCACAACUCUGCCCCUUGUGAAAUCACUCCUCACCCCCUCAAUGACGUCACAAGGGGCGGAGUUGUGAUGUCACAAAACUCCGGUCCAGUGAUCGUGAGGCUUCAGACACAGAGACUUCUGAAAAACUUUGUUGGCAGAAAAUAUGACUUCACAUGCUGAAUCUGGCAGGAGCAACUGGUGGGACUGUGAAGAAAGACAGGAGAAAAUAGCUAGGAAAAUAAGUGAAGGACAAUGUAAGGUAGUGAAUGUACAUCAGCUUUUAUUAUAUCUUGCUAUUCUCUCAAUAAUCUACCUAUGUACACGUUUAUAGAAUAGAUUUUCAAAGCCCUAUUGGAUGUUAAAUGUAUACGGGUGUAAUUUUACACCUGGUAGUUGCAGUCAUAUGUGUAACAUCACUUAGUAUUGGCUAUAUGUUUUGUGCAGGAGUGUGGUUUAAUGUGCAUAUUUUGUAAGCGCAGAGGAUUAGUAAAGAAUUAUUUAUGAAAAAUUUAUGCAAGGGCUCUUCAAAUGUAAUAUGCUAACCUAAACCAAAUGAUCACGGCUUUAGUGGUUAGUAAAGGGCCCAGAAAGUGUACGGACAUUGGUGAAAAGGAGGCUUUAUCAUGAACUGAUUCAUUUCCAAGCAGUAUUAGAGCAGUGAUGACAAAUGAGACAUACAAUUCUGCAGAGCAGGGAGUCCCGGCAUGUGGACUCUCACAGAUGUGAUCUUCUGAUCAGUCUCUGUGACAUCUCAUAGGUUUUCUAUUGUAUAAUUGAAGAACACAUUCGUGUUUGUUAUGUGUCGUUUUUAUUACAUGAUUUUUAAGAAUUCUGGUAAUAAAUGUUUUUUAU